GGCUCUCGUCCAGUAGAGUGUGAGGGGGCGGAGCUUGUGUAAGACCCAAUGACUCGGAGGCGGAACUCAACUCCACAGUAGUUGGAAACGGUGCUGAAGACAUGUGUGGAAUCUUUGCGUAUCUCAACUAUCAUGUCCCUCGCUCUCGGCGUGAGAUCCUGGAGAUCCUCCUGAAAGGUCUGCGGCGGCUGGAGUACCGCGGCUAUGACUCUGCAGGAGUGGGUAUUGACGGAGGGAACAGUAAGGACUGGGAGAGCAAUGCUAAGGCCAUCCAGCUGAUUAAACAGAGGGGCAAAGUCAAAGUCCUGGAUGAUGAGAUUCAGAAGCAGCAGGACAUUGAUCUGGAUGUAGAGUUCGACGUUCAUCUCGGCAUCGCACACACUCGCUGGGCCACACACGGCGUCCCCAGCCCUGUCAACAGCCACCCACAGAGAUCUGACAAACACAACGAAUUCAUUGUCAUUCAUAAUGGAAUCAUCACCAACUACAAAGACCUAAAGAAGUUCCUGGAGAGUAAAGGUUAUGAGUUUGAGUCGGAAACGGACACAGAGACCAUCGCCAAACUGGUGAAGUACAUGUACGACAACCGGGAGAAUGAUGACACCAGUUUCGCCACCCUCGUGGAACAGGUCACCCAGCAGCUGGAAGGAGCAUUCGCCCUGGUCUUCAAGAGUGUUCACUUCCCAGGAGAAGCUGUGGGAACAAGGAGAGGAAGUCCACUGCUGAUGGGUGUGAAGAGUGAUCACAAGCUCUCAGCAGAUCACAUUCCCAUCCUUUACUCUGGUAAAGAUAAGAAGAGCUGCACCACUCUUCCCAGGUUGGAUCAGGACACCUGCCUGUUUCCUGUUGAAGAGAAAGCUGUGGAGUAUUAUUUCGCAUCCGACGCCAGUGCUGUGAUUGAACACACCAACCGAGUCAUCUUCCUGGAAGACGAUGACAUCGCAGCAGUGGCAGACGGCCGUCUGUCCAUCCACCGGAUCAAAAGGACAGCGGGAGACCAUCCGGCUCGCGCCAUCCAAACCCUGCAGAUGGAGCUGCAGCAAAUUAUGAAGGGUAACUACAGCUCCUUCAUGCAGAAGGAAAUCUUCGAGCAGCCUGAGUCAGUGGUCAACACCAUGAGAGGCAGAGUCAACUUUGAAGAUAACACAGUGACACUGGGAGGACUGAAAGAUCACAUUAAGGAGAUCCAGAGGUGUCGAAGGCUCAUUCUUAUUGCCUGUGGGACCAGCUACCAUGCAGGAGUGGCAACUCGUCAGGUGUUGGAGGAGUUGACCGAGCUGCCUGUCAUGGUGGAAUUGGCCAGCGACUUCCUGGACCGCAACACACCUGUCUUCCGAGAUGAUGUGUGUUUCUUCAUCAGCCAAUCAGGUGAGACUGCAGACAGUCUGCUGGCUCUGCGAUACUGUAAGGAGCGAGGUGCACUGACUGUAGGAAUCACCAACACUGUCGGCAGCUCCAUUUCCCGCGAGACCGACUGUGGCGUCCACAUCAACGCUGGACCUGAGAUCGGAGUGGCCAGCACUAAGGCAUACACAAGUCAGUUUGUGGCCCUCAUCAUGUUCGCUCUGCUGAUGUGUGAUGACAGAAUCUCAGUGCAGCCGAGGAGACGGGAGAUCAUCCAGGGCCUCAAAAUACUCCCAGAUCUGAUAAAGGAGGUGCUGAGUUUGGACGAGGAGAUCCAGAAGCUGGCCGCCGAGCUCUACCAGCAGAAGAGUGUCCUCAUUAUGGGCAGAGGCUAUCACUAUGCCACCUGUCUGGAGGGAGCACUGAAAAUUAAAGAGAUCACCUACAUGCACUCAGAGGGCAUCCUGGCCGGAGAGCUGAAGCACGGCCCGCUGGCUCUGGUGGAUAAGCUCAUGCCCGUCAUUAUGAUCAUCAUGAGAGACCACACCUACACAAAGUGCCAAAACGCUCUGCAGCAAGUAGCGGCAAGACAGGGUCGUCCGAUAGUGAUCUGUGAUAAAGAUGACUACGAGACCAUAAACAACUCCAGCCGCACUAUCAAAGUACCCCACUGUGUGGACUGCCUGCAGGGCAUCCUCAGCGUCAUCCCACUGCAGCUGCUGUCCUUCCACCUGGCCGUGCUGCGCGGAUACGAUGUGGACUGUCCAAGAAACCUGGCCAAAUCAGUCACAGUGGAGUAGAAACACUCCAGAUUGUGACCUAAACGCCUCCACACACACACACACACACACACACACACACACACACACACACACACACACACACACACAGACACAUACAGACACACACUGAAAUUACUAAUUAAUGAAAACAAUUCAACAUACGUUUCUGUUUUUAUACAGGUCUUCUCCAAGUCUUUUUACUUCAUCUGUUUCUUUCAUACAAUUAGCCUCAACUUAACCUCUCUGUCUGUCUGUCUUUCAGUCUGUCUGUCUGGAAGAGUAGCACUGUUGAUUGUAUUAUCCCUUUUGUGUGUGUGGUACGGUAUGGGGUGGCCUUUUUUUGAAUAGAUUAGCUGCUGUUUUGUGGGUGAACUGGAUAUUUAUUAGUAUGUGCUCUUAAGAAACAUCCUGAGUUGAUUAUGAAGCAGAUCACUUCCUCGCUUGCCUGGUGCCCUCAUGCCAAUACAAAUAAAUCCUGUUACUCUCAUAUA